GAUAGGCGCGUCAUGAAGGAGGGAAAGAGAAAGAGGAAGGAUAGUGGAGGCUAUCCCGUGACCUGAGGUGCUGUCACAUGACUCUAUGGCUGCUGGGAAGAAGAAGGGAAGAGAGUGAGGAGAUACGCGGGACUGGGUGAUAGGAGGUCCUAGGCUACAGUAGUAGGAAGUGUCCCUGAGUGUUUCUGCCGCUAUUAAUUAUGGGCACCGUCCUGGACAUCAAGAUCAAAAGGGCCAAUAAAGUAUAUUACGCUGGGGAAAUGCUCUCUGGUGUAGUGGUUAUAUCUAGCAAAGAUUCAGUACAACACCAGGGAGUUUUAUUAACAAUGGAAGGUCUAGUGAACCUACAGCUCAGUGCCAAGAGUGUUGGUAUGUUUGAAGCUUUCUGUAACUCUGUUAAGCCUAUUCAAGUUCUUACCAGUUCAAUAGAAAUUGUGAAGCCAGGAAAAUUUCCCAGUGGCAAAACAGAAAUUCCUUUUGAGUUCCCUCUGCAUGUGAAAGGCAACAAAGUUUUGUAUGAGACCUAUCAUGGUGUAUUUGUCAACAUUCAGUAUACCCUCCGGUGUGACUUGAAACGCUCUCUUUUGGCCAAGGACUUGACAAAGAUAUGUGAAUUCAUCGUUCAUUCAACUCCUCAGAAGGGUAAAUCAACUCCAAGUCCUGUGGAUUUCACAAUCACACCUGAAACCUUGCAAAAUGUUAAAGAGAGAGCUUCCCUCCCCAAAUUUCUCAUCAGAGGACAUCUCAACUCAACUAACUGUGUUAUCACACAGCCGCUAACAGGGGAGCUGGUGGUUGAGUACUCAGAAGCUGCCAUUAAAAACAUAGAGUUACAGUUGGUAAGAGUGGAAACUUGUGGUUGUGCGGAAGGCUAUGCCAGAGAUGCCACAGAGAUUCAAAAUAUUCAAAUUGCUGAUGGUGACGUUUGCAGGAAUUUAUCUGUUCCCAUAUACAUGAUAUUUCCCAGACUUUUCACUUGCCCCACUCUUGAAACUACGAAUUUCAAAGUUGAAUUUGAAGUUAAUAUUGUGGUCCUGCUUCAUGAUGAUCACCUCAUCACAGAGAAUUUCCCACUGAAACUCUGCAGAAUUUAAAAGAAGAUGAAAUUUUUGGGAAAUGAAGAGAUCAAAUAGUUGAUAGACUUUUACUUGUUUUUCUUUAUUAUCUGAUCAGAAAUGAACUUAAUAUCUCAGAAAUUAUAAUUAUAAUUAUGUUUCUGAAACAUGGCUUUUUAGUCACUGGGUUCAGUGACAUAUUUUCUUUGAUAUUCAAGGAUUUUCUUAGUGUUUAUUAAUAAUGUUACUUGGCAGAAAAACAUGUAUUUGUACCUACAUUUAACUUUUCUUCUCUAAGCAUUACAAUGAAGAGUUUUAUAACAAUGGUGUUAACAUUACUGAAUCUUUAGGAGAAGUAAAAGAAAUUGUAAAGC